AUGGCCUCAGAAUCUCCAAUCAACACUUCAACCGCGUCCCCUAGGCUUCGCCGUGUUAGCCAAACAAGCCAUGAUCUCGACAGUGACAUUGGAGGUGUCCAAUUCGCAACCUACACGGUCCAGAUACCCUCCACACCAGACAACAACCCCAUGUCAGCUUCCAUGGAGUACUCGACUUCUCAGAGAGUGGAGGACCAAUUCGUCUCCAGCUCCCUCUUCACAGGCGGCUACAAUUGCGUCACGCAAGCCCAAUUGAAAGAGAAGGUCAUUGAAUCCCAGACCAGCCAUCAUCCCCAGAUGACUGGGGCAAAAGGGUCUUUCUGCGCCGUGCCGGGUUGUGAUGCCAAGGUGGUGACUGAUGAGAGGGGACUGGAUAUAGUCCCGUGUGAAUGUGACUACAAGAUUUGUAUGGAUUGUUUUAGGGAUGCUGUGAGAAAUGGUGACCACAUGUGUCCUGGCUGCAAGGAGCCUUAUAGGGAGCUGGAUGUGACAGAGUAUGCUGUGCAUAAUCGAAAGCAGUAUCAGCAGCAGAUGUCGAAAACUGAGAGGAGAAUGUCCUUGAUGAAGUCGACAAAGGUGAUGGGGCGCCAGAGCAGCGAGUUUGAUCAUAACAAGUGGUUGUUUGAGACAAAGGGGAGUUACGGAUAUGGGAAUGCUAUUUGGCCAAAGGUUGAUGUGGAAGGGAGUCAAGAUGGGAUUGGUGGUGAUCCCAUGGUGUUUCAUGAUAAGCAAUGGAGGCCUCUUACGCGCAAGCUGAAUAUCUCUGCUGCAAUUCUCAGUCCAUAUAGGCUUUUAAUUUUCAUUCGAAUGGUGGUCCUUGGAUUAUUCUUGCAAUGGAGAAUCAGAAAUCCAAAUGAAGAUGCUGUCUGGUUGUGGGCUAUGUCAGUGGUUUGUGAAGUCUGGUUUGCCAUCUCAUGGCUACUUGAUCAGCUUCCAAAGCUCUGUCCCAUCAAUCGCAUUACCAAUCUUGAUGUUCUAAAAGAAAAAUUUGAAACACCAAGCCUCAGCAAUCCUACUGGAAAAUCUGAUCUCCCAGGCAUAGACAUUUUUGUCUCUACAGCAGAUCCAGAGAAGGAACCGCCUCUUGUCACCGCAAACACAAUUCUUUCAAUUCUUGCAGCUGACUACCCUGUUGAGAAGCUUGCAUGUUAUGUUUCUGAUGAUGGAGGUGCACUUUUAACAUUUGAGGCCAUGGCAGAAGCUGCUAGUUUUGCCAACUUGUGGGUACCCUUCUGUCGGAAGCACAACAUUGAACCAAGAAACCCAGAAUCUUACUUCAGUCUGAAGAGAGAUCCUUAUAAGAACAAAGUACGGCAAGAUUUUGUUAGAGACCGAAGGAGAGUGAAGCGUGAGUAUGAUGAAUAUAAGGUUAGAAUCAAUGGCCUUCCUGAUUCAAUUCGGAGACGUUCAGAUGCCUACAAUGCUAGGGAUGAGAUGAAGGCCAUGAAACUUGGGAGAGCGAUUGGAAAUGAUGAAGCAGUUGAUAAGAUAAAGAUCCCAAAAGCAACUUGGAUGGCUGAUGGAACACACUGGCCUGGAACCUGGGCUUUUCCUGCCCCCGAGCAUUCUAGGGGUGAUCAUGCUAGUAUUAUGCAGGUUAUGUUGAAACCUCCUAGUGAUGAACCACUGAAAGGAACAACAGUGGAUUCAAAUUCUAUGGAUCUAAGUGAAGUUGACAUUCGUCUUCCAAUGUUGGUUUAUGUAUCUCGUGAGAAGCGACCUGGCUAUGAUCACAACAAGAAGGCUGGUGCUAUGAAUGCCUUGGUUCGUGCCUCAGCUGUCAUGUCUAAUGGGCCCUUCAUUCUCAACCUUGACUGUGAUCACUACAUCUACAAUUCCCAAGCAUUGAGAGAAGGCAUGUGCUUCAUGAUGGAUCGUGGUGGUGACCGCAUUAGUUAUGUCCAGUUUCCUCAGAGGUUUGAAGGAAUAGACCCUUCUGACCGUUAUGCCAACCACAACACUGUUUUCUUUGAUGUCAACAUGCGUGCACUUGAUGGCAUUCAGGGUCCAGUUUAUGUUGGAACAGGUUGCCUCUUUCGACGAACUGCCCUAUAUGGAUUUGAUCCACCUCGAGUGAAGGAUCGUAAUGGUUGUUGCUGUGGUGGCCGCAAUAAGAAAUCUAAAUCUUCAGUUGUUUCUGACCCCGACUCUCAAACAAUAGAACUGGGAGACUGUGAUGAUGAUAACGAAAUGAAUGCCAUUAUUCCUAAAAGGUUCGGGAACUCAAGUUUCCUUGUAGAGUCUAUCCAAGUGGCAGAAUUCCAAGGCCGUCCUCUUGCUGAUCAUCCUUCAUUGAAGAAUGGACGUCCACCAGGUGCUCUCACAUUUCCUCGUGAGCUUCUUGAUGCAUCAACAGUUGCAGAGGCAAUCAGUGUCAUCUCUUGCUGGUAUGAGGAUAAGACUGAAUGGGGCCAACGAAUUGGGUGGAUUUAUGGUUCAGUAACUGAAGAUGUUGUCACAGGUUAUAGGAUGCACAACAGAGGAUGGAGGUCUGUUUAUUGUGUAACAAAAAGAGAUGCAUUUCGAGGUACUGCCCCAAUCAAUCUCACUGAUCGCCUUCACCAGGUUCUCCGAUGGGCAACUGGUUCUGUCGAGAUUUUCUUUUCUCGAAACAAUGCUCUUUUCGCUAGCUCCAAAAUGAAGUUUCUACAAAGGAUAGCGUACCUCAAUGUUGGAAUGUACCCUUUCACCUCCUUUUUCCUCAUUGUCUACUGCUUCCUUCCAGCACUUUCACUCAUUUCGGGCCAGUUCAUAGUUCAGACCCUCAACAUAACCUUCCUGGUAUACCUUUUAGGCAUCACAGUGACCCUCAUUCUUCUUGCUGUGCUCGAGAUCAAGUGGUCUGGAAUUGAACUAGAAGAGUGGUGGAGGAAUGAGCAGUUUUGGUUGAUUGGAGGAACAAGCGCCCAUCUUGCAGCUGUGCUUCAAGGUCUGCUAAAGGUCAUAGCAGGUAUUGAGAUCUCAUUCACACUGACAUCAAAAUCUGGAGGUGAUGAUAUAGAUGAUGAGUUUGUGGAUCUUUAUAUCUUCAAAUGGACAUCACUGAUGAUACCACCAAUUACAAUCAUGAUGACAAACUUGAUUGGAAUAGCUAUUGCUGUUUGCCGAACAGUAUAUAGUGUCAUACCACAGUGGAGCAAAUUGCUUGGAGGAGUGUUCUUCAGUUUUUGGGUGCUGGCACAUCUCUAUCCCUUUGCAAAAGGGCUUAUGGGAAGACGAGGGAAGACACCAACCAUUGUGUUUGUGUGGUCUGGUCUUACAGCAAUCACCAUAUCUCUCCUUUGGGUGGCUAUUAGUCCCCCAUCAGGUACUAAUCAAAUUGGCGGUUCAUUCCAGUUCCCUUGA